AUGGCUUCAUCGUCAUCUUCUACUAGUUAUGCUAAUAACUCUAAUAAUAAUGAAUCUUCAUCUAAAUCUGGGUUUCGACACCCAGCUCCGGUAAGCGAUGUCAAGCUUCCACCCUAUGUUGUGGGUAGUGAAGUGGUUGUUAGCCCAGCCGAUCUUGAUACUGGGAUUUACCUUGAUUUUUGCAGGCAAAGAGAUAGGGAACAACAUCAGGAGAGUCAAGCUUCUUUAGCUACACCCUCAACCACCAUUUCCAAAUCCACCUCUAAAAGACCCAUUGUGGAGGACUUAGUGCCUCUCAAUGUUGCUAAAAAGAAAAGAACAAAGAGAAUUGCAUCAGCUUCAGAGGUUGACAAAACAAUAACUAUUAGACUUAAAGUCCCCCAAGGUGCAUUGGAAGUUGAGGAACGUUCCAAAGUUGACUCUGCCACCCAAGCUGAUAAGCUGGAUUCACCACGCCCAUCUGCACUCUCCCAAAAGAGUGUAGACGAGUUAAAGGGAACAACUACUUCUGUCCAACCCUCCAAACAGGGUGAAGGCAUUGAAACAAAGACCUCUUCCCAAGGUCAUACUAUGAGUCCACCAAAUUCACCAUCAUCAGCCUCCCAAAAGGUUGAUGAUACCAUUAAAGGGACAACAGUGGAUCCAGCCCAGAUCCAAAUAGAGUCAGAGUCUAUGCACAUUACUCCUGAGGAUGAUCAGCCAAAGGAUGCAAGUAUCGAACGCCUAAGUGACACUGCUUGUAUUCCCCAAGCUGGUCAGACUCCUUCUCUCUUACACUCUGAGUCUACACAGGCUGCAUCUACCCUUAACAUUACACCUGCAGGGAUAGAUACAGGCCUUAAUAACUCUCCCUCGGGAUACUUUGGGUUUGUGUCUGCAUCUGUCCUUGGACAGAGGGAUCCUAUAAGUUACACGGCUCUCUUUAGGGAGGUCAUGCUAUCCCCUUGUACAACAAAGGGAACCAUUGAUGGUCCUCACGAUGUCAAUGAGAAUAUAGUCACUAUCUCUGGAAGUGACUCUUUAUUCGAUGAUGUGUUUGCCCAUCCAUCAUCAAGGGAUGCUCUGAUGGAAGACGCCAAUGGAGGUGUUGAUCAAAACCAUAAUCAACAAAUUCCCACUGGCCCACAAUCUGAAUUACAAGUCAAUCCUUCUCAGAUUGUUCAGCAUAUCAUCACUUCUGAAAGAUCUGCUCAUGAGACUCACUCUCAUGAAAAAAUACACCAAAACUGCCUUAGCCUCCACCCCCUUCUAUAUGAGCCCAAUGACCCUGAUUUUAAGGAAUGCAGGCUGCUUUUUCUAAAGUCAGUGGCCUUUAGGCCAACUGCAAGUUCUUCCCAAGCUGCCACUAUCUCAUCCUUAGAUAUGAUCCAAAAGGAUCAGGAAUUGACGGAUAAGAAAGUGGAGAAGUUGUGCCAAGAUCACAAAGAAACUGAAGAAAGGGUGAUAAAGGCACUUGAGAAUAUGGAGAAGAGCCAGAGCAAGCUGACAGAGUCUCUUGAUCGGUUGACUAAAGCAAUGAUUGAACAAAAUGAAUUAAACAAGAGUACUCUGGGUCAGAUUGAGAAGAAUGCAACCAAGUUCACUAGAGAUGUAUCCAUUGAACUCAAGAAUUCCAACAAGUCACAAACUGAAUUCAAGAAAGAGUUGGUGGAUAUCUCUAAAGGUGUACAAUCUAACAUGGACAACCUUCAUAAUGAUUUUAUUGAUCUACAUAGAUCCUGGUCUGCAAACAACUUCAGAAUUGACAUGUUAAAUACAAGACUCAGUGGAAUCUUUACUACCCCAGUAAGCUCCUUCCCUCCUGAUGAUGACAAAAAGGGGGAGGAGAAAAGAAGUGAAAGGAGUGAGGCUGAGAUUGAGCAAGAAAGGAUUGCAGUAGAGAAAGAGACUGCUGAGUAUCUGAAGAAGUUGGAUGCAAGAUAUGCCAAGUCCAGAAGAGAAAGGGAGGCUAAUGAUAGAAGAAUGGUUGUGUAUGGCUCUAAUCCAAAUGUGGAAGCUGAGGAGGAGAUAAAAAGACCAGAAUCUGAGUCUGGUGGUAUAAGGAUUGAAGAAGUGAAUGAGGAAGCUGUUAAGGAGAGUGAUAACAUUGAGGGAGAGACAACUGAUGUUGUGAUGGAUUUUGUUGGAGAGAUAAGGAAGGAAUAUGGUGAAGAAGAAAGUGCUGAUAAAGGAAAGUCUUCACAAUCUGUCUCUGCACAAGCUGACCCAGCUGCAAAGAUAGUUGAAGCUAAUUCCACUUCAAGUGAUGACACCACCACAUUGAGCCAGUUUAUGAUGAAGAAAAGAGAAAGUGGUGAAGGCUCAAGUGGUGUGAAGGUCUUAACUCAAGAAGAACAAGACUGGGAGUUUGCUGCAGAGAAAGCACAAGAGAUGAAUGUAUCUAUCAAGGAUGCAUACAAAAUGAUUAUGGAAGACAGAUUGGAGAGAUUAAAACUGACAACUCUUGAAUAUGAUCGUGAACUGGCCAGAGCACUUCAAAAAACACUUAAUAAGGAAGAUGAAGAAGUAUUGCCAGUUGUAGGAGCAAAGAGAAAGGCUGCAGAUAGAAAAGAGAAGAGGAAGGUGGUGGUUCACUCCAAACCAUCACAGAAGGUUAAGGAUGUUAGGGAGAGUUCCAAAGCUCAUGCUGGAUGGGAAGCUGUGGAUAUAAAGAAAACAUAA